AUGUUGCGAAGUUAUCCAGCACUGUUGAUCUUUAGUAUCUCGUCGUUAUUGUCGUCAUCUCUGGCUUCUUCUAUGAUUUCACUGCUGAUUCAUACAGCUUCAAUUAGUCUUGUAGCUCGACGGCUUACGGACGUUGCUCCAGACACAAGCAAUUUGAACCCAAGCUCCGAUGUUUCGACAGCGAUUCACUAUGUAGCAAUCUUUUUCCUCCUUGUCAUGUCGGCCAUCUCUUCAGGUCUUACUCUCGGUCUCUUGUCCUUAGAUAAAGUGAGUUUAGAUGUGAUUGUCCGUGCAGGAAAUCGGUUAGGAGCUACCGAGGAGGAAGUCAUAAAGGCCAAGGCAGCGCAACGCAUUUUACCCGUUCGUGCUGAUAGUAAUUUACUACUUACAACGCUCGUGCUCACAACGGUUGCUGUCAAUAGUUUGUUGUCAAUUCUAAUUGCGGAUAUGACUAGUGCUCUCGUGAGCUUCUUUGCUUCGACAAUUCUAAUCCUUAUAUUUGGAGAAAUUGUGCCUCAAUCGCUCUUUGGAGAAGAUGUGGGCACGGUAUUUACCAAACGAGAGUUGCAACAACUUGUGGAUAUUCAUGUAAGACAAAAGGUUAUGCACCCUGAUGAGGGACAUAUCGUACGCGGUGCAAUGAGCUACAAGAACAAGGUCGUCAGUGACAUUAUGAUCCCAGUCGACAAACUCUUUUCACUUCCGAUAUCCUUUUUUCCACACGUGCUCAAGCUGAUCUACAAUCAAGGAUAUAGCCGCAUUCCCGUGUGGAAUAAGGAUCUGAACGACGUGGUUGGAAUUAUCUUUACCAAGGACUUGAUAUACGUGGACCCGAACCAAGAAGUGCCACUGAUGGCAUUUGCGCGUGUUUUUGCUGUCGCAGCGCAUCGUAUCUGGCUCGACGCAAAACUGGGUGAGGUGCUGAGCGUCUUCAAAAUGGGCAGCACCCACAUGGCACUUGUUUAUGAUGUCAAUAACACGGGACCGAGUGAUCCGUUCUACGAACUCAAGGGUUUAGUAACGCUUGAGGACAUUGUAGAGGAGAUUUUGCAGUCCAAGAUCACAAACGAGACCAACUUGCGCGUGGCCAGGCAGGAACGCCAAAGCUGCACGGACCAAAUCGGGUCUUGUAGCGGAGCAUACAUGUUUUCCGACGAAGAUCCACUACUCUCUGAGAGCAAGACGUCUUUUGGUACAUCUCUCGAGCUUCAGAACCAAGUACAAAAAGCGCAAAGCAGGCUACUUCUCACGCAAUGA